AUGAUCAGGAUAGAAGGGAAGGAUUAUGGUCCUGUACGGGCCCUGUUAGAUACUGGAGCUCAACCAAAUUUGGUGAGUUACCAGCUAAUGGAAAGAUUGGCCCUUGACAAAAGGCAAGCGGCAAGAGAGGUCGUAGGUAUCAGAGGGGAGCCGCUUCACAUCAAAUAUUAUACUAGGCUCAGGGUUGGGCCAUGGUUCGAUUCACAGGUCACGAUAGAACAAGAAUUUUGGGUAUUGCCACGGCAGGAGGGAUGGCAGCCGAUGACUUUACCGCUGGGAAGGAGAUGCCCGGUUGAAUCAAUACAACAGGGUUCUCCAUUGGCUGAUCCCGAAUACUGGAAAGGUGCGCAAAUUGAUUUGAUACUUGGAUGCAAAUUCAUAGCAGAAAUGUUUGCUUCAACCAUGGAAAGACAGGCAGCUGGUAUGCUGUGCAUGGAGACCAUAUUUGGCAAAAUAGUUCUUGGACAGACGAAAGAGUCAAAGGGUAUGACAAGAGCCCAGCAGGCAUACGUUGUAUCGCCGAGCAAUGAGGAGCUGCACGCAGCACUGAAACAAUUGUGGACUCUCGACGAAGUUGGCAACACAAUUUCGAGAUCAAGAGAAGAAGAGUUGGUAGAGAAAAACUUUAUUGACACGUUUAGGAGAGACAACUCUGGAAGAUUUAUUGUCACGAUUCCUCUCAAGGAAUCAGGGAAGAAUAUUGGCACUACUGAGCUCACAGCCAAGCGUAGGUUCUUUGCUCUGGAAAGAAAAUUAGAAAGAGAUACAGAUCUGAAAGAGAAGUAUGUGAACUUCAUGAGAGAGUACGAGAGAAUGGGGCACAUGACACAAGUUAGUGGUAUGUCCCGUGGAGAGAUCGUCUAUCACAUACCGCAUCAUUGUGUGACGAAGAAAUUCCGAGUAGUCUUUGAUGCAAGCUGCAAGACCGACAAGGGGAUCUCACUCAAUGAAGUGCAAAUGAUAGGAGAGAAGUUACAAAAGGAUCUCCACGAGAUUCUAAUGCGAUUUAGAAGGCACAGGGUGGCGAUUAGUGCAGACAUCAAGAUGAUGUUCCGCAUGGUAAAGAUUGCGAAAGAACAGUGGGAUCUUCAGCGUAUAUUCUGGAGAGAGAGCCCACAGGAAAGACUGAAAGAAUACUGGCUCACUGUAGUCACGUAUGGGAUGGCAUCAUCGGCGCACAAUUCAGUACGAGCGCUGAUGCAGUGUGCCAAGGAGGCGGAAAGAGUGUUUCCCAAAGCAUCCAAGGCAAUCAUAGAAGAUUUCUACAUGGAUGAUUGUGCGACGGGAGCAGAUUCAGAGAGAGAAGCGAUAGAACUGUCAAAAGAAAUUGACUCUGUGUUAAAAGGUGCAGGGUUUGAACUAAGGAAAUGGAAAUCAAACUCGAGAGCACUAGUGAAAGAUAUGGAAUUCGAAGAUGUUCUGUUCCAGGAAGAGGACAAGACAUCGAUACUUGGUUUAAAAUGGCUAUUACGUGAAGACCAAUUCACUUUUGUGGUCAAAACCCCCAAUACACAACAAGAACUUAUGACGAAGAGAAAAAUCGUAAGCUGUAUUGCUCAGCUAUACGAUCCUAAUGGCUUCAUCUCGCCAGUCACAAUUAGCGGCAAGAUCCUCAUUCAAGACAUAUGGCGUCUGAAGACUGAUUGGGAUGAAGAACUUCCGAAAGAGAUAUUAGAAAGAUGGACAGAAUUCUGGAAAGAGAUUGUCUUCUUGGAGGACAUAAGGAUAGAUCGAUGGAUUGGAGCAACCUCAAGAGUACGGAAAGAGAUCCAUGGAUUUUCAGACGCGUCCGAGAAGGCGUAUGGAGCGGUUAUUUAUGUUAGAACCGAACAGCCAAAUGGAGAGACAUGGUCCACGCUAUUGACAGCAAAAACGCGUGUGGCACCAUUAAAGACAGUGACAAUACCACGUCUCGAGCUGGCUGCGGCGGAAUUGCUAGGAAGACUGGUUGUCGAUGUAAUGAAGACGAUGGAAUGGAGAGGGGUGGAGUAUCACCUAUGGACAGAUUCUCUGGUGGCAUUACACUGGAUCAAUAAAACGCCAUGUGAAUUGAAGACAUUCGUCGCAAACAGAGUUGCAUCCAUACAAACAAAUACCGAGAUCGAAAGAUGGAGACAUGUUGGGACGAAAGACAACCCAGCAGACCUUCUAAGUAGAGGAGUGAAGCCGUCGGUGUUAAUCAAGAGUCGACUAUGGCUGCACGGACCAGAGUGGCUCAUACAACCCAAAUCGAGUUGGACAUCUGAAAAUUUUGUGCCAAAUGUUUCAGAUGGGGGGAGGGAUGAGAUGAAAGUGCUUACGAUAAUGAAGUUCUCAGAACCAUUAUCGAUGCGUACGAAAGAUGGAAAGAGUGUGUCUAUAAUUGAAUAUUCACACACGCUCGAGAAAGCGAUAGGUAUAAUAGGGUUUAUUUUUCGGUAUGUCAAUUCACUAAGAGCAAGGGUGAAGCGACGGAUAGAGGAGGAAAGAAAAUAUGGAAAGAAUUAUAGGCGCUCUAAGCGUCUGAGGGAAAGAAGCGAAAGAACAUGUAUUCAGCUGACAUCUGUUGAAAAGAGUCAGGCAAUGGAUCAUGUAUUACGGAAAGAACAGGAAAGAUAUUUUGGGAAAGACAUUUCAUGCUUAAAGAAAGAUAAGUGUUUACCGGAAAGAAGCAAUAUAGAAUCCUUGAAACCCAUACUAGAUGAGAAAAACAUUCUAAGGGUUGGAGGACGUCUGGACAGAGCGAAUAUGAGAUACGAGAGGCGACAUCCAGCAAUCGUACCUAGUGGUUCACGGUUGGCAUGGCUGAUCAUGGAUAGCGCUCAUACAGCUACAAAGCAUGGAGCUGUGCAGGUUAUGAUGCAACAUAUACGCGAAAGAUUUUGGAUCCCAAGACUGAGAAGUGAAUUGAGAAGAUUUUUACACAAAUGUGUGGUGUGUGUCCGAUACAACCAUCGUUUCGAAACGCAACUGAUGGCGGACUUGCCGAGAGAGAGAGUAACACCAGGAAAGCCAUUUCUGCAUUCAGGGGUAGACUAUGCAGGACCCUUUGAAAUCAAAACGAUAGACAGAGCAGGCGAGCAGAUCGUAAGGCAGAAGUGUUGGGUAUCCGUUUUCGUAUGCCUGAAGACGAGAGCCAUACAUAUUGAUGUGGUGUCAGAUCUAACAUCAGUAGCAUUUAUCGCUUGUUACGAAAGAUUUAUUGCCCGGAGAGGAAGAUGCGAGAGAAUUUAUAGCGACAAUGGCACUGCCUUUGUUGGUGCAGCGAAAGAGUUGCGAAAAGCAAAAGAGCUCUGGCAUGGAAAGGAGACGCUCGACUUUGUCGGCGCAAAGGGGACAGAAUGGAGGUUCAUGACUCCUGCGGCACCGCAUCAAGGCGGGAUCUAUGAAGCAGCAGUCAAAUCGAUGAAGUUUCAUCUCAAGAGAGUAGUGGGCCUGCGGGUCCUAGGGUAUGAGCAAUUCCUGACUCUUUUGGUAGGAAUUGAGGCCAUUUUGAACUCAAGGCCGCUGCAAGCGUUAAGCGACGAUCCAGGCGAUUUGCAGGCGCUAACGCCGGGACAUUUUUUGGUUGGCGAACCAUUAGUCCUGCCACUGCCGUUUUUGACCAGCGAAUUGCCGAAUUCUCAUGGGGUAAGGCUUUGGAAAGAACGAAAGACAAUGCUCGCACAUUUUUGGACAAGAUGGAGAGAGGAGUACUUAGUAACUCUGUUGGAAAGAAAGAAAUGGAGAAGAGAGAAGCACGGUGUGAAGGAGGGACAACUAUGCGUGAUCAAAAGUGAGAACUUCCCACCAUCAGCUUGGGCUUUGGGACGAAUCCUGAGGAUAAUAAAAGGGAAAGAUGGUCUUGUCCGGAACGUAGUGAUCCAGACUGCAACAAAUCAGCUAACGAGGCCAGUACAGAAGAUCUGCAUAUUGCCAACGGAAAGAGAUGACGAAAGAUAA